GUCCGUGAAAAGUGUAGCCAGUACUCUGCAUGUAAAAAGAGCGAGAAACGAAGAUUCAGUUCCAAGUGAAAGAGAGAGAGAUGUUUGAAUAUGUGCUGACGCCGCGAGCAUUUUCGCCAUACUAGCUUGGGUGGCCACCACUAACUGCUCAGACCGUUUUUCUCCCCAGCGUACGUUUUCUACUGUUGUUGUCCGCUGUUAAAAAGAUUUUAUCCGGUUUGACUGUUGUGCGUUUGUGCGUAGCGGUGAUGCGAGAUCAAUUGACGAACACUUCCUGGUCGUUCAAGGUUCUUCAAUGAACGUUGUUGUUGUUUGCUGGUUUGUAGACUGUGCCGUUACAUCCGCAAGAGAGAGCAAAAUACUAUCCCUUUCCCGGCUUUCCGUAAUCUGAUUUAUCCCCGUGUUGUGGCGGCGUCAUGGCCACCCUGUCGGAGGAUAAUCUGGCCAUGAAAUAUCUGGCGGUGGAGAAUAAGAACUUCGCCAAUGAUCCCGCCACGCAGACAGAAUGGGCCGCCAAGAAGCUGGUCUGGGUCCCCCACGAAAAGGAAGGCUUCGUGGCAGCCAGUAUAAAAGCUGAAUUGAAGGAUGAUAAAUACGAGGUGGUCCUGGAGGAGUCGGGUAAGAAGACCGUGGUGAAUAAGGCCGACGUCCAGAAGAUGAAUCCUCCCAAGUUCAAUAAAGUGGAGGAUAUGGCGGAACUUACCUGCUUGAACGAAGCCAGUGUGUUGUUCAAUCUCAAAGACCGUUAUUAUUCGGGACUGAUAUAUACAUACUCCGGCCUCUUUUGCGUCGUGGUCAAUCCGUACAAAAAACUGCCAAUCUACACGGAACGUGUGAUUGAGAUGUACAAGGGGAAGAAGCGACAUGAAAUGCCACCUCAUGUCUUCGCCAUUACGGAUACCGCAUACCGAUCGAUGCUGCAAGAUCGGGAAGACCAGUCCAUUUUGUGCACGGGAGAAUCUGGAGCCGGAAAAACCGAAAACACGAAGAAAGUCAUACAGUAUUUGGCCUGCGUGGCCGCUUCCAAACAGAAAAGUUCAUCUGCCUCAAAUUCUUCGCUACACGCGGGCGAGCUUGAGCAGCAGUUGCUGCAGGCCAAUCCUAUUUUGGAGGCGUUUGGUAACGCCAAGACAGUCAAGAACGACAACUCAUCUCGAUUUGGUAAAUUCAUCAGAAUUAAUUUUGAUAUCAGCGGCUACAUCUCGGGUGCUAAUAUUGAGACUUACCUGCUGGAAAAAUCCCGUGCUAUUCGGCAGGCUAAGGAUGAGCGUACAUUCCAUAUUUUUUACCAGUUUCUCCUCGGGUCCAGCAAAGCUCAGCGCGAUGAGUUUUUGCUGGAAGAUUUCAAAAACUACCGGUUCCUGUCCAACGGGAAUCUGCCGGUUCCCGGUGUGGACGAUAAUUUGGAAUUCCAGAACACUGUGAAGGCCAUGCAGAUCAUGGGCAUGAACCAGGAAGAUGUCUCUUCCGUGCUCAAAAUUGUGUCGGCCGUGCUGCAAUUUGGCAAUCUACACUUCAAGCAGGAGAAGAAUUCAGAUCAAGCAAUCCUUCCAGAUGAUACCGUGAUGCAAAAGAUCAGCCACAUGCUAGGAACGAACGUUAUCGAACUGACCCGCGCCAUUCUCAAGCCCAAGAUUAAAGUCGGUCGGGAUUUUGUGACGAAAGCCCAGACAAAAGAGCAAGCGGAGUUCUCCACCGAAGCCAUCGCUAAAGCCUGCUAUGAGCGCAUGUUUAAAUGGCUGGUGAUGCGCAUCAACAAAUCGCUGGAUCGCACUAAACGCCAAGGCACAUCCUUCAUUGGUAUUCUGGAUAUUGCGGGCUUCGAGAUUUUCGAGGUUAACUCGUUUGAGCAGUUGUGCAUAAAUUACACGAAUGAGAAACUGCAGCAGCUGUUCAACCAUACCAUGUUCGUACUGGAGCAAGAAGAAUACCAGAAAGAGAACAUCAAGUGGACGUUCAUUGAUUUCGGUUUGGAUCUGCAGCCGACCAUUGACUUAAUUGAGAAGCCAACAGGAAUAUUCAGUCUACUGGACGAUGAAUGUAUGCUUCCAAAGACCACCGACAAAUCCUUUGUGGAGAAACUGUCCACAGAGCCUUUCACUCGUGAUCACCCCAAAUUCAGUCGCACGGAUUUCCGUUCCGUAGCGCAUUUCAGCAUUGUCCACUACGCUGGCCGCGUGGAUUACUCCGCGGACAUGUGGCUGAUGAAGAAUAUGGAUCCGUUGAAUGAAAACAUUGUGCAGUUACUGCAGAGUUCACAGGAUCCCUUUGUGGCGUCCAUCUGGAAGGAUGCGGAUAUUGUGGGAAUGGGUGCGGCCGUGGGUAUGGAAACGCAGUUUGGCGCACGUACCCGCAAGGGCAUGUUCCGCACUGUCGGGCAGACGUACAAAGAACAGCUGGCCAAGUUGAUGAACACCCUACGUGAGACCAAUCCCAACUUUGUCCGCUGUAUCUUGCCCAAUUUGGAGAAACGACACGGAAAGAUUGAUGCCAUUCUGGUGCUGGAUCAGCUGCGGUGUAAUGGUGUUUUGGAGGGGAUCAGAAUCUGUCGGCAGGGCUUUCCCAAUCGGAUUCCUUUCCAGGAAUUCCGACAGCGCUAUGAGCUGCUCACCCCCAACAUCAUCCCCAAGGGAUUCAUGGAUGGACGCCGGGCGGUGGAGAUGAUGAUCAAUGCGCUGGAGCUGAAGGAUACGCUAUAUCGGAUCGGGCGGAGUAAGAUCUUCUUCCGGGGCGGCGUACUGGCGCAUUUGGAAGAGGAGCGCGAUGCCAAGCUUUCCCAGUUGAUUACCCAUAUCCAGGCGUUUUGCCGUGGGUUCUUGUCACGGAAGAAUUAUCAGAAGCGGCUGCAGCAGCUGAAUGCCAUACGGGUUAUUCAGCGUAACUGUGCGGCAUAUUUGAAGUUACGCAACUGGGAAUGGUGGCGGUUGUUUACCAAGGUUAAGCCGCUACUGCAGGUUACGAAUGCCGAAGAGAAAGUCCAUGUUAAGGAAGAGGAAUUGAAGGCAACGAAAGAAAAGCUUGAUCGACUGUCCCUAGAUAUUGUUGAUUUCGAAAAACGCUGCGAGCAACUGCAAGAAGAAAAGGCCGUCCUUAGCGAACAGCUGCAGUCGGAAACCGAAGCCUGUGCGGAAGCAGAAGAGAUGCGCGCCCGCACCCAGACACGCCUACAGGAGCUGGAGGAAGUGCUGCAUGAUACCGAGAGCCGGUUGGAAGAGGAAGAAAACCGGACCAAUGGUCUCACCCAGGAGAAGAAGAAGAUGCAGGAGACCAUCCGUGAUUUGGAAGAGGAGCUGGAGGAGGAGCAGAAUGCCAAGCAGAAGCUUCUCCUGGAGAAAUCCCACAUGGAAUCACUCAAGAAGAAGAUGGAUGAUGAUUUGGCCGGCAGUCAGAGUAUGCUCGAUCGGCUGCAAAGAGAGAAGAAGGCGCUGGAAGAUCGCAUUGCUGAGCUAACGCAGCAGCUGGCCGAGGAGGUCGAAAAAGGCAAAGUGUUACUCAAGCAGAAACAGAAACUGGAAAGCACUGUAGCGGAAAUGGAAGAGCGCCUUCAGCGAGAAACUGCAGCACGGCAAGAACUUGACCGUCUCCGACGGAAAGCCGACGCCGAAGUGGGUGACCUGCGCGAACACCUGACCGAAAAACGCAACCAGUUGGACGAAAUCCAGAUUGCUCUGGCCCGCAAGGAAGAAGAACUGGCCCAGUCCAUGACGAAGGUGGACGAGGAAGCGGCCACACGGUUAGCCGCGCAGAAACAGCUACGCGAAAUUCAGAAUCAGCUCACGGAAACCCUGGAAGACCUGGAAACGGAGAAGGAUGCUCGCAACAAGGCAGAGCGCCAAAAACGAGAUCUCAGUGAAGAGCUGGAAGCCCUGAAGAUGGAACUGAUGGAAUCGGUGGAUGUGGGUACGUCUCAGGGAGAUCUUCUGAAGAAGCGCGAGGAGGAAGUAAAGUUGAUUAAGAAGAAUGCCGACGAAGAGGCCAAGGUUCAUGAAGCCACACUAAUGGAAGUACGGCAUCGGUAUAAUAGUCAGCUUGAACAACUGACGGAGCAGUUGGAAGCGGCGAAACGCGCCAAAGCCUCAGUGGAAAAAGACAAAAACCGUCUGGAAGCAGAUGCCGUUGAUAUGGCAAAUGAGAUCAAGACAUUAACCACUCAGAAAACUGAGUCCGAGAAACGCCGCAAACAAACGGAAGCCCAGGCCCAAGAGUGGUCGUUGAAGUUUGCCGAAAUGGAAAAACAGCGUGCCGAUGUGGUGGAAAAGAGCGCUCGCUUGGCCUUGGAACUCGAUACAGCAAAUUCACAGAUUGCGGAGAUUGAUAAACGGGCAACCAAGGUUAUGAAGAAUGAGGAGAAUCUGGCGGUACAGAUUGUGGAACUGCAGCGCCGAUUAGAGGAAGAAAGCAAUCAGAAGCUGGCCUACUACGCCAGAGUUCGUGCUUUAGAACCGGAAAUCGAUACAUUUAAGGAGCUGCUGGAAGAAGAAGAGAACGCCAAAAAAAACCUGGAGCGCCUGGUCGAGGAUGAGAAGCGUAAAAAUACUGAAUUACGCCGGAAACUCGACGACGACACGCAGGUCCGCGAAUCCGUGGAAACCAUGCGCAAGUCGAUGCAAAAAGAAAUGGACGAGCUGCACCAUCGUCUCCAGGAUGUGGAAUCCGCCCGUGAAAAGGCCGAGAAAGGUCAGCGCAACGCUCAAACCGAACUGGAGGAUGCCCAGCACGAGCUGGAGAAUUUCCGUGCCACGUUCAGCAAUAUUGACCGGAAGCAGCGCAAAUUUGACCAGAUGAUCGCCGAAGAAAAAGCCCGCACAGAGAAACUCAUCCAAGAAAAGGACAAUGUGGAGCGGGAUGUGCGCGAGAAGGAAACUCGCCUCCUGUCGCUGCAGCGGGAGUUUGACGAUAUCCGCGACAAACUGGACGAAAGUGAACGUAUUCGUAAACAGCAGCAAGGAGAGCUGGAAUCGCUGAUGGAUAGUAAGGAUAUGACAGGAAAGAGUGUCAUGGAGCUGGAUCGGGCCAAACGUCAACUAGAGCAGCAGCUUGAAGAGCAGCGCCUACGUUUGGAAGAGCUGGAAGAUGACUACACGAUGGCGGAAGACGCUAAGCUGCGCGUGGAAGUUAAUUUCCAAGCUGCUAAGGCGCAAUACGAACGGGAACUGGUCAUACGCGAAGAACAGGCCGAAGACAAACGGAAGGGCUUGGUUAAGCAGGUACGCGACAUGGAGCUGGAGCUGGAACAGGAGCGAAAAGAGCGUGCUAGUGCCUUGGCGGCCAAGAAGAAAGCCGAGACGGACAUGAAGGAUCUGGAGCAGCAGCUGGAGCUGGUCAGUCGUGUGCGUGAUGAUUCCGUCAAACAUCUUAAAAAAUUGCAGAACCAGAUCAAGGACUACCAGAGAGAAAUUGAUGAAUUCAAAGCACAAAAGGAUCAGACGGGCGGCGUGUAUAAAGACUUAGAAAAGCGGUAUAAAGUGCUGGAAAACCAGUGUGCACAGUACCAAGAAGCAGCCAUUGCCGCUGAGAAGGCACGCCGCGCCGCCGAAUCCGAACGGGAGGACAUGGAAGGGGAACUGCAAAGCAUCAUUACGAUGCGGAAUAAUCUGACCGACGAGAAACGUCGGCUGGAAGGUCGUAUUGCCCAGUUGGAAGAGGAACUGGAGGACAAGCAGACCGAUAACGAUAUGAUGAUGGAGGCUCGCAACAAGCUUACCCAGGAGCGCGAUAAAAUCAAUGCCGAGCUGGCUAAUGAGCGACUGCGUAUCCAGACACUGGAGUCCGAACGCUCAGCAGCGGAACGGGCUGCCCGCGAACUGCGUAUCAAACUGGAAGAAGCGGAAGCACAAGGACGCGGCAAACUCCGAGCCCAGUUGGGGCAAAUGGAACUGCAAAUACAGAAUCUGGAGUCGCAGCUGGAAGCCGAAACCCGGGAGAAACAGAUCUUGUCCAAGAAUGUUCGGAAGCAAGAAAAGCGCAUGAGAGAACUCUCUUUGCAGGCCGAGGAUGAGCGACGCAACGGUGACCAGCAGCGUGAUUUGUGCGAAAAAACAAACCAAAGAGUCAAGGCUUUGAAGCAGCAGCUAGAGGACACUGAGGUUGAAUAUAAUCGUGAACGGGAGAAACGUCGAAAGAUCCAGAACGAAUAUGAUGAGGCGCAUGCCGAUAAGGAGAAGCUGAGCAACGAGCUGAACGCCCUGAAACUCAAAAUGAGACGUGGAACAGGUGUUUCUCUGGGCACACCGCGCAGCUACUCGAUUAACAAUGGCGCCGGCCGUUCCCAAGGCACACCGCAUGGCGACGGGGAAUCUGGAUCGCUGAACCUGUCGGGUUCAUCGUCGCUCGUCGAUGAUGAGUCCAUCAAUGGCGACGAGAAAGACUGAGGGGGAGAUUUGAUUACUGAAGGACCAUUUUCUUGAUUUCGACAAGUGUGGACAGUGCUGGAACUGUGUCCCGUGAUUGGAUUGAUGCCUACAGAAUGCAGAAAUGAAACUUAUUAAUGCUUUUCUCAUUUCACUAUGUCUUCGUUUGGUGUUUUGCCAUUUUUUUAUCAAAGGUUGGAUUUUUUGCGCAGUGGGGAGGCGGAUAUUGGGCGGCGUUUGUUUAAAGCUUCCCUUAUUGAUUUCUUCAUUGGGUGUGACCAAGUUGAUGGAUGCCUGUUGCACAUUUCCAGCUGUAAUUUCCUGUUUUUUAAUAUUGCUCCAUUUUGUAACAGCUGUUGCGCUUAAUUUCCUUUUCAUUAAAAUGUUUAGAUUUUUUUAAGCGUUUGAUUGAAUUUAGCGGCUUGCGUCUGACAGUGAGCAGUUAAGCAUGUUUUACGAAUGAAUUUUGUUUUGAUAUAUACGAAUAUAUAUGGGAUGCUUUGUAUGUUGGCAGCUAUUUUUCGGAGUGCCCAAUAAGCAGUAACGUACUGACAGCAUGUUGAUUUGUUGUAUUAAACGUUCAGUUCAAA